CCGACACGGCUCCGACACGGCUCCGACGCGGCGCCGACACGGGACGCGGUUCCGACGAGUCCGACACGCCAGCAGUAAAAAAAAAAAAAAAAAAAAAAGGAAAAAAGCACAGAUUUUGACAGAUGGACUUACCAUUACCGUUGAUCUGUGACAACCCUAAAACCAUAAAACAUUUUUAGAAUCUGAAAAUUGGAAGUUCAAACCACAAAACUCAAGUUCUUCACGUCUUCUCCGUUGCUGAAACCCACUUCGCUGCCGCUGCUCUGUUCUUCGCCGGAGUUAGCUCGUGCCGAUCGGCGAGCUCUGACGUCGACGGCGUUCCAUCCGUCCCUUCCGAUCUCCAUCUCUCUCGGCGCGGAACAGGUGAAUUAUUAAAAUGAAUCCUGAAAAAGAAAGUGAGAAUGAGAAAUCAUCUUCUGAGAAUGCUGCUCCUCUAUGGAAAUAUGUUACUAGAUUAGAAAAAGCAAGUGUUGGUGGUGGGAAUGUUUCUUUUAGAUGUAAUUAUUGUGAAAAAAAUUUUAAGGGGUCUUAUUCAAGGGUGAAGGCACACUUGUUAAAAUUGCCUAAGUUUGGAAUACAAGCAUGUGCCAAGGUUGGAGAUGAGUAUCAAAAUGAAAUGCAGAAAUUAGAAGAUGCAUUUGAGGAAUCUUCGCGUAGAUUGAAGAAGCCUAAGUUAGUGUCUUUACCAACUGAUUCUCCUACUAGUCCUAAUUGGGAUAGUAGGGAGAGUAGUACAGCUACAAGUCAUCCAUUUUUCCCAAAAAAAAAAGGGGUUGGGAUUGGGAAUUCUCCUUUGGAGAGGGCUUUUAACAAUCAAUGUCGAGAGCAAUUAGAUUGUCUUAUUGCUAGGACAUUUUACUCUGCUGGCUUACCCUUUCACUUUGCUAAGAACCCGUAUUGGAUUGAGAUGAUCAAGUUUGCAGCUAAUAAUAAUUUAGCGGGCUAUGUUCCUCCGGGUUACAAUAAAUUAAGAACAACUUUGUUGCAAAAAGAGAAGGCACAUAUUGAGAAGUUGUUGAGGGCAAUUAAAGACACUUGGAAAGAAAAGGGUUUAAGCAUUGUAAGUGAUGGGUGGACAGAUGUACAAAAAAGGCCACUUAUCAAUUUUAUGGCUACAUCACAGAAAGGGCCAAUUUUUAUCAAAUCCAUUGAUGGUACCAAAGAGUACAAAGACAAGCACUUCAUUGCUGACUUGUUUUUAAAGGUUGUUGGUGAGGUUGGGCCUCAACAUGUUGUCCAAAUUAUUACUGAUAAUGCGUCUGUUAUGAAGGCUGCAGGAUCUAUUGUUGAAGCUGAAUAUCCUCAUAUAUUUUGGUCACCUUGUGUUGUGCAUACUCUCAAUUUGGCUUUGAAGAAUAUUUGUGCACCUAAGUACUCUUUGCAGAAUGAGAAUGCAUAUAAUGAAUGUAACUGGAUUGCACAAGUUUCAGAUGAGGCAACUUUCAUUCGUAUUUUCAUCACAAAUCAUUCUAUGAGAUUAGCAAUUUUUAAUUCAUAUUCUCCUUUGAAGUUACUUGCUGUUGCUGAAACACGAUUUGCUUCAAUAAUUAUCAUGCUUAAAAGAUUGUUUCAAGUAAAACAAAAUCUUCGAAAUAUGGUUGUUAGUGAGGAAUGGAUGUCAUAUAGAGAAGAUGAUGUAGGAAAAGCUCAAACUGUGAGGGAUUAUAUUUUGAAUGAUUUGUGGUGGGACAAGGUUGAAUACAUUCUAAGAUUCACAGAACCUAUUUAUGAGAUGCUUCGAGUGGCUGACACGGAUGCACCUAUUCUCCAUAAGGUGUAUGAAAUGUGGGAUUCCAUGAUAGAAAAUGUGAAGAAAGAAAUAUACCAACAUGAAGGCAAGGAAGACUAUGAGGAGUCUCCAUUCUAUGAUGUGGUACACAAUAUACUUAUUGAACGGUGGACUAAAAAUUGCACACCACUUCAUUGCCUAGCCCACUCCUUGAAUCCAAAGUAUUAUACUAUUAAAUGGAUUGAGGAAGUUAGAGGCCGUGUUGCACCACAUAAGGAUGCUGAAAUUUCAGUGGAGAGAAACAAGUGUCUCAAAAGGAUCUUUCCUGAUCCUGAUGAUAGGCAAAAAGUUAAUGUGGAGUUUGGUUUGUUUAACUCAUUACAGGUUUAUGAUGAGGAUAACAUGGAGGAUAGGUGGAACUACAAUCCAAUGCUUUGGUGGUCAACUUAUGGGUCUACUUUACCAAUACUUCAAACUUUAGCUCUAAAACUUCUUCAACAGCCUUGCUCAUCAUCAUGUGCUGAGAGGAAUUGGAGUACCUAUGGCUUCAUCCAUUCUAUGAGGAGGAAUAGAAUUACUCCUAAACGUGCUGAAGAUUUAGUGUUUGUUCAUUCUAAUCUUCGACUUCUUUCAAGGAGGAGGCCCGAGUACAAUAGUGGAGAAUCUAAGAAGUGGGACAUUGGUGGAGAUAAUUGGGAUGAGCCAUUUGGAGGACCUGGGUUGCUUGAGGUUGCUUAUCUCACACUAGAUGAGCCAGAGAUGGAGACAAGUAUUGUUGAGAAUAAUGAUUAUGUUGAUGAUGAUGAUGUUGUUGUUCUUUGAUAAUCUUGUAGUUUAAAACUUGUUAUCUUUUUAUGUUUUU